AUGUUUUCGUUAACUCAAAGAUUCCAGCAUGUAUCCAGUCUUGCAUUGACUUGCAGUUUUGCCAUAAUAGCCUUUAUUAUUGCGACAUCAUGGGUUCAAUUGUUGAAGGAAAAUGCCUUUGAAUUAGAUUCCAAACUCUCUAAUAUCAGAUCUGCUGUGAGACUAGCAAAACAAAAACGUUAUGGAGGAACAGCUUUGAAUCCUACUGAGGUAGCUAAAAUUCGUUUCAAUGCAGAUGUAGAUUUUUCUCCACUUUUCAAUUGGAAUACAAAACAGGUGUUCGCGUAUGUUACAGCGGAGUAUGAGAGUGAUGAUAAGCCAAACUCUUGGAGCGAGGUAACAAUUUGGGACAAGAUUAUAACAUCACAGGAUGAUGCCAUUGUUUCCUUAUCCAAUGUGGAUGCGAAGUAUCAGUUGUGGGAUCUAGAGUCUAAAAUAACUGAGAGACCUUUAACAUUCAAAUUGAAAUGGAAUAUUCAACCCUGGUUUGGAAUAUUAAUAAAUGGUGAAACUACUGGUUCCAGAACCAUCGAACUUAAAAAACCUGCCGCUAAGAAUUCCUCGAAAAAGGCUUAG